AUGGAUUUGCUAGAGAACAACUUCAACAACUCAGCCGAAAGGCUAGACAAGCCAUCUCAGUACUUAAUACGGAAGGCAAGACAUAAUUACGGUGAGCUUGAAAGAGCAAUGACAUCGCGCACUGUGUAUGUUGGAAAUUUAUCCCAUUUCACCACUGAGGAACAAAUACAUGAACUAUUCAUGAAAUGCGGCGCCAUAGAUAAGAUCAUAAUGGGAUUAGAUCGCAACAAGUUGACACCAUGUGGAUUCUGUUUUGUCAUAUACAGAACCGAACAAGGUGCACUUAAUGCCAUGAAGUAUCUACAAUCCACUAUUCUAGAUAGUCAAAGCAUAUCGAUAGAUUUGGAUCCUGGUUUUAGAGAAGGAAGACAGUUUGGUAGAGGUAAGCAUGGAGGACAAGCUGCACAAGAAGCCGCUUUUGCUGCUGCAAAUGGGCAAGAUUAUGAAAGAAGUAGUUUUAGAGGAAGAGGCCGUGGAGGCUAUAGAGGCAGAGGUGGAUUUAGAGGCGGGUAUAGAGGUGGGUUUAGAGGUAGGGGUAGAGGGGGUGGUGGUGGUGGCCCUGGUAGUGGUGGAUCUUUUAGAGGCGAGACGUCGGUUUAUAUCCCAUCGAAAGACCCGUCCUACAAUGCAUCCUCAUUUAACCCCAUGAUGUGA